CUUCUCCGGCUUGCACCUCGACCACAGCGUCAGCGGCGGCGUCGCCGGAUCUGAAGCCCGGCUCAGCGCCGCACAAUGCAAAACAAGAGUCGUGCGCCGAGUCUUUGUCGGUGUCAUCUGCAGCGCGCAACAUUAAGUUCCUGGGUGAUCAUAGUCAUGUUGUCCAUCAGGAGCGUCCGCCUCGGAUCCCGUUGCCGAAGCGCAUGGAGGAGAUGAUUGCGCGAGAGGUGAAGCGUGCCGCACAGUCGUCGCACAAACACCGGCGUCAACAGCUGCUCUACCAGCCGGCAAAGUUCACCAACUUCAACACGAUUUUGACAGCGCUUGCCGAGGGUGUCCUUGGCAACGAAAGACUGCUGGCCGAAUUUUCCAUCCACGAG